GAAAUCAGCAAGGCGCACACAACGGAUGACCCAAUGCCGAAGAGACUUUCUACCGUUCAGGAUGGCGAACCGUUACCCUGUAUUUGGAUGUGGUCGCGCUUACAGUGAUUUCGCGGAGACUCUCUCUACAAAUAUCAUUCAACAUAGUACUACCAACCGAGUUUGCCUCACAACAGUCGUAUUUCCUGUGCGGAAGCCGGCAGCCAACGUCGAUACUCACCGGCUCUAAUAUUGACGGACCUCAACACGAGUCUUCUCGCUCGAAAUUGCGCGACUGCCUCGCCACUGCCGGUAGCCAUCACCAAUCUGCUCAAAAGUCCGUGGUGGCCCUUCCGGUGCCUUCAGCUCAACUGAGCAAGAUUUGGCCACAAAACCGGCCAUAACUGUCGCCAAAACAUAGCACGAAGCACAUCUCGAUCUGCUCAUCUUCACUCUCAGCGGAAUUUCUUUUCUACGGGCGAAGUUUGGAGUCUCCAUUCGCUGCAAAGAUGGACGCCUCCGAAAUGACUAUGGCGUUCUUUAACAGCCAGAAUACACCUUUGUACUCGGCAGGCUGGACGCCCAAGGGCACAGGAGGCUACGCUGGAACAUGCAUCUUCCUGAUCAUACUGGCUAUCAUCUAUCGGUCACUAUUCGCGCUCAAGCACAUCCUCGAAGCACGAUGGGCGGACCAAGCGUGGAACCGCCGAUAUAUCGUUGUAGCCGACAAGCAGCCAGUGUCGGAGCAGAUACAACGGGAUCCAGACGCGAAGACCGCGAUCCUGACCGCGAAUGGAGUGGAAGAGACAGUGAAGGUGCUACACAAACCAACACGGGGGGUCCAGCCUUGGCGAUUCAGCGUAGAUCUGCCAAGAGCGGCGCUGGUCACGGUGAUAGGAGGCAUUGGCUACCUACUCAUGUUGGCCGUUAUGACGUUGAACGUAGGCUACUUUCUGUCAAUACUCGCUGGGACCUUUGUGGGUGAGAUCGCCGUGGGUAGAUAUAACCAGAUCAUGGAGGAGCACCACUGAUGAAGGAUAUGACUGUUACGAUUCAAAUGCGAGAACAAAGUGGACAGCACGGUUGCUCGACAUAACAGCCAUCGUCGAUGUCACCCGCUGUUAUUAGCUAGACAGUUGUAGAAUGAGACUGGUCCAUGUUUAGUUUACUGUGAGCUAUAGCUACGUGUGCACGAAUCUAUUGCACUCGUUCUUUGUUUGUUCAAGUGAAGCUCUGUACAGGUUAUGUGAAGGAAAAGUGCCUGGUUAGCUGAGCAACUUGCGAUUUCCUGGCUAGAACGGGACCGAAGCGGCCAGUGCAUU